CACGAUGUUUUCUCACGCCACUUCAUAAGUAACAGCACUAUGGCGUUUGUAAGGAGCUCGUUUGUAACAGGAAAGCUGGGGUCAGCAUUGCUUCGGAGAGCUGGGAAACGCUGUGUUCCAGUGCUGCCAUAUGGUGCCGUGUGCCAGCGGAGUGUCAGUUCAACAAGUGUCCUUUGUCAGCAGAAAAAUGUGAAGACCACACAAGAACAGCAAGUUGAGGAGCAGAAGAAUCGGAACAAGGAUGUUGGAGAACUUACUGAACUUGUAAGAGACUUUCUGGAUCCUGCUCAAUUCUAUAAUGCUUUGAAUGGAAUCGGCAUUGACUACUUCUGUGGGGUACCUGACUCUCUGCUCAAAGACUUCUGUGCCUAUGUGACCGAGAACUGCCCAUCACAUCAACAUAUCAUCACAGCCAAUGAAGGCAGUGCGGUGGCCUUAGCUGCAGGAUAUCACCUAGCAACCGGCAAAAAUGCUAUGGUGUACCUUCAGAACUCUGGCCUGGGGAAUAUUGUGAAUCCUAUCAUGUCUCUAUCAGUUCCCCCAGUCUACAGUAUCCCUAUGUUGCUGCUGGUGGGCUGGAGAGGUGAGCCAGGCAAACGGGACGAACCACAGCACAUGGUCCAGGGACAAGCCACUCCAGGUCUUCUAGCUGCCAUGGGUAUACCAUUCCAGCCAUUGCCAGACUACCAGGAGGGGGCUGAACAGGCUCUGCAGACAGCUCAGCAUUACAUGGAAAAGACCAGAGGUCCUUACGCCUUCCUGGUAAAGAGACAAACAUUCCUUCCCUGCAAACUACCUCAGGAAGAAACACCAGAUUUCCCUCUUGACCGCGAGGAGGCGAUGAAAGUGAUUGUUGAUAACCUCAAUAACAAGGAUGUUGUGAUUAGUACCACUGGUAUGUUGUCACGGGAACUAUUUGAGUACAGGGUGGAGAAGGACAUGGGACACGAACGAGACUUCCUCACAGUGGGGUCUAUGGGACAUGCCUCUGCUAUAGCCCUUGGAAUAGCCCAGCAGAAACCUAAAAGACAGGUGUUUUGUUUGGAUGGAGAUGGAGCAGCACUGAUGCACAUGGGUACCAUGGCAACAAUAGGACAGAGUGACCUUGCAAAUUUCAAACAUAUUAUCAUUAACAACGGUGCACACGACUCUGUGGGGGGUCAACCAACCGUCGCCGCUAAUCACAGUUCCUUCUGCUACUCCAGUGUAGCAAAGGGUUGUGGCUACAGGGAGGCUUUUGUUGCAGUCAAUGAAGAUGAGAUAACAAAUGGGCUAGCUCGUCUUCAUCAAAUGCCUGGUCCCAUUCUCAUGGAAAUAAAAGUAUCCAAGGGUGGCCGCAAGAACCUUGGACGUCCCACUCGGACUCCCGUCCAGAACAAACAGGAUUUCAUGCAUUUCCUUGCUAUCAACUGAAUAUAUUUGCAAUCCAGAUCUUUUUAAAAUUUAUUUGCAAUUAUAAUUUGUUUAUUAUUAACUCCUGUUAAACCUGAUAUGUAAACAAAAUAAUUUACAGUGAAUGAAAAUUUGUCAUAACACUUACAUUUGUCUGCAUGAUUCGAGUCUGUAGUUUAGUGAUAUGACAUUAGCAUUAGUUGUUCUAAUGUGUUUAUGGAUUCAUCUGAUGUCAUUACAGUCUGGUUCCAGAAAAAACAGUACCUAAAUUGUACAUAACAUUGGGAGUUGGGAUGUGUGUGUUGGGAGGUAGGAUGGAGGGGGGAGGGGGUGUGAAAAUAUAUCAUUCAUACAUUAAGGAGAGGAAAAGCUUGCAAGAGCCUCCAAAGACAUAAUAUUCCUAAGCUGGAUGUUUUUUAAAUCUCAGUUUUGUACAUGGUUUUCAGUGUAAAUUGACAAAGAUCAAACCAUCAUCAUCACUAUCAUCAUGCUCACACAGACAUGGUUUAUGACACUGUCACUUGACAAUCAGUGCAGAGAUAUCCGGCCACACUAUGGACCAGUUAAUUUAUCUCUUUCAAAGGAUUAUGAUUUAAUAGUACGUUGGAUCAUAGGGUGGUCAGAUGACAUAGUGGUAACACACCUGCCGUUCACCAAGGCGACAGGGCCUCUCUAUAGGUUAAGUGGUAACACACCUCUCUAUAGGUACAGUGGUAACACACCUCUCUAUAGGUACAGUGGUAACACACCUCUCUAUAGGUACAGUGGUAACACACCUCUCUAUAGGUACAGUGGUAACACACCUCUCUAUAGGUACAGUGAUAACACACCUCUCUAUAGGUACAGUGGUAACACACCUGUCGUUCACCAAGGCGACAGGGCCUCUCUAUAUGUACAGUGGUAACACACCUCUCUAUAUGUACAGUGAUAACACACCUCUCUAUAGGUACAGUGAUAACACACCUCUCUAUAGGUACAGUGGUAACACACCUCUCUAUAUGUACAGUGAUAACACACCUGCCGUUCACCAAGGCGACAGGGCCUCUCUAUAGGUACAGUGAUAACACACCUCUCUAUAGGUACAGUGGUAACACACCUC